ACUGCCUCCUCUAGUCCCUCCCCUAGGCUGUCAGCUUCCCACUGAGUCGCCAAAUCCAGACCUCCUGUGGCUGCCGAGGCGGUAACAUUGGAGAACGUGCUGCAGAAGGAGCAGGAAGUGUUCCCAGACAGCUGGAAAUGACAAGGGUCUCCUGAGACCUCCCUUUCCACCACCUGCCCAUGAAGACCUGGCCGUCACCUGCUGUCCACACUCCCAGUAUGUUCGGCCUUCUGCUCCUGGCUGCCUCACUGAACGCUCAGAAUCAAAGCUGGGACACUGCUAACUGCACCGAGGGCGUCCUGUCUGUGCCUAGAGGCAGCCGCGCAGUGAUGACCUGUAACAUCUCCAAUAACUUCACUUACAUCACCAUCUGGCUGAACAACAAGAUCGUCUUCUAUAAGACGCCCCAAGGAUACUUCCGCUGGGAGGGGUGGGAGCUCCAAGUUCAAGGGGGCCAGGCACAGCUUGUGAUCAACGACACCCAGGAUGUCCACACAGGGCUGUACUCGUGGUACCUGCGUGGAUGCCAGGGAGAUUUCAGAAACGUCACCCUGAAUGUUUCAGACGCACUGAUUCAGCACAAGAGAGCUCCACUAGAGGCCGGGCCUGAGACCUUCACGGGAGUCCUGGUCCCUGUCUUCCUGAUCUUAGGAAUCGGCACACUAAUCUGCUGCAUGUACCACCGUUCCAAGAAGUCCCCAGGGAAAUGUACUUCAGUGACUGACUUGAGGAGGUUCUAAGUCUGUGGGCCAGCGGAAGCUGAAGGAGCUGCCUGCGAAGCUGAUUCCAGAGAGAGGCCACCAGGAUGGACUUGUCAUGUUCUUUGCCCUUGGCAGCCGCUACGACCCUCUGGAACCCAAACACCAUGGAGCCAUUAUCACAUGCUUGGCAGAGCAAAAGACUGUUCAUGUUUGCUGGGCACAGAAGAACUUUCCCAAGGGUGGAACCCUUGGUUUUAUGUAGAGGAGGGGACAGGAAGGGCCUUGGAAGCUGGAAAACAUUUGGGUAUCUUUCAGUCACAUGAACAAGAAUAUAGCUGUAGCACAAAUUCUAAUUACUAUUAAUAAUAAAAACCUGGAAUCAGAUCCUGGGUUAAAGCUGAAAGAUCAGAGAAGCAGAACAGCCAGCCACUAGAGAGUCCUUACCUCUACCAAUGACCAGACCAAAGGGGUGAUCAAAACCUCGAACUGCAUCCGUCUCUAUGAAGCCUUAGACUGUGUUCUCAGACAACCCUCAGACGGCAUCUGAGCUCCUGUCUCCUCCCACCUAUAUUCCUCUCUCUGCCCAGCCAUAUCCCUUCUGUCUCCAGCUCCCUGGUGCUGGGAUUAAAGAUGUGAGCAGCCACCACCUGGCUCCAUUUCUCUUUGAGACUAGAUCAAUUUGGUGUAGCCCACGGUGGCCUUGAACUAACAGAAAUCUGUCUGCCUCUGUUUCCCGAGUCCUGGGAUUAACGGCAUGUGCCACCAUUCCCUGGCCUCUAGUGGCUUAGUUCUGCACUCUGAUCUUCAGGCAAGCUUUAUUUGUUAAAACACAAACAAAGUAUCACUCCAUUCAGCCUCUGGACUACGGUCUUCAGUUGUCUGAUCAGCUCCUCAACUCUUCAAAAGUGAGAAUUUCUGAGCUGCGUAACCCUUGACCCUCAGCGUCCACACUCUCUUUCUCUUACAAAGGCCUGGGCUCCUUUUCUCCUGCUGGGCCCCUGAGGUCAAUGUCUCUUCACUACCCAAAGAUCUCCAGUGCAAGUCUAGAACUGCACCAAGAUUUGCUUCAAGUAGGAGGGGGCCACACACCUGCUUUCUGACUCACAAUAGUAACUGAUCUGGGAAACUCAACUGUCAAGUUCCAGGGGCCGACAGGAAGAUUAGAAGUCUGAGAUAAACUAUCACCCCACUCCUGCCCUGGGAAGGUAGAGUGCCCUCAGGAACAGGGUUCUAUGGAAGGGUGUAGGUUUUUUCUGGCAGGUAUCGCUCUCCUAGGGAAGGUGGCCAGCCCUGGAACUCCCCAGCCCCAACUCCUUGAUUCAUACCCAUGCCCCACUGUUGUUUUCUGGCAUUUGUCUUGGUUACAAUCCUGGUUUUCUUUAAACAUACAUUAAAAAGGGAAUUUUUUAUAGAA